AUUUAGUUUUUUACGUUUCAGAAGUGAAUAAAUUCAAGACCAUCGAUAUAAUUUGUUGGAUGGAUGGCCAGUAAAUUAACCAGGGGUCCUUUGGGCCGUCUUCUAACCUUCCUAGUCCCGCCCUGGGCCCGCCUAUCUGCUAGAAAUCGUGAAAAACAUUUAGUUGUUCUUGUCCUUUGUAUAUUCAGUUUUCUAUGCUUUGGCGCAAUAUGGUUCCUGCCAGAGAAAAAUGGUGUCGGCGGUAAAGUUAAAAUUGUCAGUGAUAUAAGGAAAAAUGUUCAAGAGGCGGUGGAAGGGAUUGUUUUACCGCCCCCGCCGGCGGAUAGUUUGAUCGGCGGUAAUCCAAACAUAAAACAUGGUGUUAUUGAUCGGCCGGACCCCCAUAAACUAGCAGAAUUAGAAAAUCUUCAUGCUCAGAUAGAAUUGGACGAAGAAAUUGAAAGAAUUAGACUAAACCAGGAGAAGCAAGUUUUAGCCAAACCCAAUCUGGACCCUGGAAAUAAGGUCCUCGAGAAGAGCAGCGAAAAGGGAAUAGAGUUAAAGAACGACUUCGCAAAACCCGAAAUAAAGGGUGAGGUCGCGAAAGCUGACCUUGAACCUGUAUCCUCUGAUAAGUCCCCGAAGAUUCAAGGUGGAGUAGAUUCAGAUUCAGUUGCCAGGGAGCGAAGGGAUUUUGUGAAAAAGAUGAUGGAGCAUGCCUGGACCAACUAUGUCGAGUUUGCCUGGGGUAAAAACGAGCUGAGGCCGGUUAGUAAACGAGGUCACACGGCCUCAAUAUUCGGCUCCAGCAGUAUGGGGGCCACCAUCGUGGACGCCCUGGAUACCCUCUACAUCAUGGGGAUGGAGGAGGAGUUUGAGCGAGGACGGAAUUGGGUCAAAGAAAACCUGGAUAUGAGUAAAAUGAGUGGAGAUGUAAGUGUAUUUGAGACAAAUAUCAGAUAUGUUGGUGGUCUUCUCACAGCAUACUCUUUUACGGGGGAUACGCUAUUCAAGGAUAAAGCUGCACAUAUUGUUGAUAAACUGCUUCCCGCCUUCAAUACCCCUACAGGCAUUCCCUAUGCUCUAGUCAAUAUGCAGUCAGGAUCCUCCAAGAACUUUGGUUGGGCCAGUGGAGGUUCCAGUAUCCUUUCAGAGUUUGGAACCCUUCACAUGGAGUUCAGCUACUUGUCUGAUAUCACCGGGAACCCCGUGUACAAGGAGAAGGUUGAGAAGAUUAGAGAUUUCAUCAGCAAAACUGAAAGACCUGCUAAACUGUAUGAAUGGUUGAGGUCUGGGAAGCGAGAUUCUCAAGCAAAGACGAUGUUUGAUGAAGCUGCAAAGGAUAUAGAGGAGAUAUUGUUACAAACUUCAGCUCAUGGUUUAACCUAUUUUGCUGAGAUGAAAUAUGGUCGCAUGGAACACAAGAUGGAUCACCUGGCCUGUUUUAUCGGAGGUAUGUACGGUCUGGCUGCGAAGGAGGAGAAGGAUGAUAAUUCUAAACGCUGGAUGGAGAUUGCUGAAGGGAUAACUAACACCUGCCAUGAAUCUUACGAUAGGUCGGAUACCAAACUUGGACCAGAAGCUUUCAGGUUUUCAGAUGGCAUCGAGGCAAGAGCAUUGAAACAAAACGAGAGGUACUACAUCUUGCGACCUGAAACCUUUGAAUCCUAUUUCUUGAUGUGGAGACUAACCAAAAACCAGAAAUACAGGGAUUGGGGCUGGGAGGCAGUGCAAGCUAUAGAAAAUAGUUGCCGAACAGAUGCAGGAUAUUCAGGGAUAAAAAAUGUUUAUCAGGUUGGAGGUCAGCAGGACGAUGUUCAGCAAUCCUUCUUUUUGGCGGAAACCUUGAAAUAUCUUUAUCUACUUUUCAGUGACGAUUCUCUUAUAGAUUUAGACCAGUGGGUCUUCAAUACAGAGGCUCAUCCUUUACCGGUCCGUGGUGUGAAUUCAUUCUACAGAUCUCAUCUUUAAUUUGUAAUUCUUCAGGAAUUGAAUCCUGUAAACACAAGAUCUAGUUCAACUCUGCAGUACACUUCGCAGACACGAGAUUUAGACUACAAAAACAAGUCUGGCCAACAAAAACAAGUUUAGACUGCUAAAUUAGUUUUAUACAGAACUGAAAGAUAAUUAAUUAUGCGUGAGAACCUAGAAUCUGGAUUAUGUUUAAUUUGACAAAAUGAGGAUACAAUUGAUAUCAGCUGAUCUUUGAUUUACCUCAUGCUUUUGAUAAAAUGAUUCAAAUGACCUUGAUUUAGUAGGAUUUAUCUAAUGCGUUGUUACGGAAAGAUGAUUCAGAUGCUCUGCAUUUAGCUAAGUUGAAUCUUUGAUUCGGAAUAAAUUCUUGCACUUGAUCCUAAAUCUAGGUUUGAACUAUUUGGAAUUCAAAAUUUUAAAUGUAUACUUAAUAGAAGUUUUAUUUUCUACUUAAGGGAGCUGUCGAACUAUUUUCAAGUAAUCCUUAGUUUAAUGAGUUACAUUCCUGAUUCACAACAGUACAACCUUUAACCCGACUCGCCUCUGUCUGGAUUUAAAAAAGUUAAGACAUACUUGUUGAUGCAAAGCAAACUCCUAUGCCCCUUCAGUUAUUGUUAUUUGGCGGUACAGUCCAAAGAAGGACUGCAAUGGUUGGCCCAGUUCGGAUAUUUAAAUGUACACCGGUCCCUAUAGUUUCAGUAGAAGUAAAUAUUUCCAUUUACUGACAGCGCCGAUUAAAGUAUUCACAUUUCUAUAAUUUGAUAAUGAGGUAGAUAGAAAGAUAGAUGUUACCGCCAUACUAUUUCUAUUGGUUCAGAAUAGACAACAAACUCAAGACUGAACCCUGCAGAUUGGAUCAGGCGAUAAUGGACUCGGCAUACAGGAGUUCGGUAGGGCGUGAAAGGAAAUAAACUCUUUUUAAGGUGAAAAAUAGCGAUAUCUUCCUCAUUUCUGCACAGGCAAAGGUUGUGAACUUGACAUGCCAUUGUUUAAUAUGGAAGGAUCACUUGAAAUUACGUGAACGGUCCCUUUAGUCGAAUUUUAUUUUCUGACUUGUGUGUGAUAUAUUAAUGUAAAGGGGACAAACAUGGCACUCAUGUUCAACACAUUCAAGGGUAGAAAUACAGAAAUAAAUGCUUUAGGUUUUGGGACAGGUGGGGGGUCGGGUCGUUUUUUAACUUUAACAACCCCCUUAUUCGAGCCUAGGAAACAGAUUAUUAGAUCUAUGUGCAAACCCCUUAAACUUUUUAAUGUCAUCUUCUUAAUCUGUAAUUAUAAAAAUAUCACUUUUUUCUGUUUUCAAUCAAACAACAAACUAACAUGCAGUGAACAAAAUUAAAAUCCUUACCCCCACCCACCCGACCUUCACUGUUAGCUUAAAAAUGUUUUUUUUUGUUUUAAAAAAAAAUUCGUCUCUACCUUUAUGUUGUUGUCGUUUUAAAGCUCAAAAAAUGUCCCGGCUUUGUUAUUGUGCGUCUCAAUGUAUUUAUGCUAUUUAUAUAUAUUAUAUAAAUUCUAAAUUUUUA